GUCACUUCUCGGGUUCAAAAUGGAAAAGAACCAGGCACGAUAUAGGUCUAGGGCAAGGCUUUUGAACCGGGAAAGAGUUUAGACUUUGUCGGCUGUGAUUUUACCGAGAGAGGACCCAUAUUUUCAUUAUUCUAGCUCUAUUGGAUGACCCGGAGAUGGAACCAGCUAUCAAUCCUUUCCCUCGUGUCUGAGUGGCUGCUGGAAUUUAUUUCGACAAAACGUAUUUGCAAACCAAUUCUAGAAUAGAGUUAGAAUGCAUUCUUAUCUUGCCAAGAGGCCCCACACAGAUGCAGCGACGUCGGAUUGCCGAGUCUGCAUCCCUAAGACAUCCGUAAAGUUCCAUUUGCAAAUUCCGAGACGACUCGGAGGCUGUCCUCAUCGUGGCAUCGCGUAGCAGUAGUAGCUAACCGAGUUUGACAGAAGCUGUCUCUUAGCUUACUUCCUAGGCAAUUAAAAUGUGGUCUUAUCUCCCCCUGUUCCCUUCUUUCUUAUCUUUGAAUCACACCCAGUUGAGUAAGGGUGAGCGAUUCAAUGACUUGCAGCAUCAUGAAGCCGUAUCUCCCUGAAUACGAGGGGCAUGAGCCGCAAAGUGGUUUGACCCCUGCGAUUGCUCCAUUCGCCGGACGACUAGGAGGGAACCAGGAUUUUGUAGUAGAUCGCAGCGAUCCGCGCAAUGAUAAGGUCCUGGAGAAGGUGCCUGACGCGGCACCAUGGAUGACGCUGAGCGAAAUCUUUGACCUCCGCGGGUUUUUAAGUUUGGAUCUGUGGAAGUUUGCUUGUCUGGAAUGUAUCGCCAGCAUGAUGAAUGUCUUCAUCUCCGCAUGGGUCACUCUGCAUCCUCCCGCUGCCGUCGAAGCCCCAAAAACCGAAGUUGGGAUCUACCACACGUUAACCUUCUUUUCGCCCUUGUUCGGCGGCAUCACGAAUCUUCUGCUGACGCCACUGCUCAUUUAUACUUUUGCGCCAUCGAGUGGCGGCCACAUCAGUCCCACCAUCACUCUAGCCACGUUGUUCGCACGGAUUAUCUCGUUCCCUCGGGCAAUCUUAUAUCUGGCCGGCCAGACCCUUGGGGGCGCGCUAGCGGGAUUCGCCAUUCACACGGCCUACGGAUCCCGGGAAUUCACCGUCGGAGGUUGCCAUGUGGACACCACCUUGGUGCCGGUCAACGCCGCCCUCAUUAUCGAAUUCUUUGCUUGCUUAGUGUUGAUCUUUCUCGCGUUUGGCGUAGCGCUGGAUCCUCGUCAGGCUAAGAUCUUUGGGCAUGCCGCGGGGCCAUGGCUAGUUGGUGUCGUACUGGGAGUGGUCUGUUGGGCAACUGCCUUCACGCGGCCGGGUUAUAUUGGAGCUAGUCUCAACCCAGCACGUUGUUUUGGCGUUUAUGUCGCAUCGGAGUUCCCCGGUUAUCAUUGGGUUCAUUGGGUGGCUCCUCUCGCUGCGGCCGUAGCUCAUGGUCUUGUGUAUCUUAUUGAUCCUCUCUGGAGUGAUCCCCGUUAAUAUGUAUAUAAUAUAAUCUUGUAUAUAGUACUAAGCAUUUCCAUACCGCUUUU